GCACUGAAUAACUUUUGAACCGGAAGCAAUAGGGCGGAUCCAUGUGCGCCUGAGCCGGACGAAUUUUCUAGACAGUUCUUCGUUACAUAUUUAUCUUUCUAACUCAACUCUGAUUUAAUUUUUACUUAGCACGCAAAGCUAGCUGGGGUUUCACAGACAAUGUCGGUGAUAGGCGAGGAUCACGUGCGCGGCGUUAUGUUUAAAGACAUAAACGCAGACGAGGACGACGCUCAGCCCACUGAAAUCGAGAGCUUGUGCAUGAACUGUUACGAGAAUGGAAAGACGCGUCUUCUCCUAACCAAAAUCCCUUUCUUCAGAGAAAUCAUCAUCAGUUCCUUCACAUGUUCUCACUGUAACUGGACCAACACAGAAAUACAGUCUGCAGGCCGGAUCCAAGAGCAGGGAGUCUGCUACACACUCCACCUAAAGACUAAAGAGGAUAUGAACCGUGAGGUUGUGAAGACGGACAGCGCCACUAUUAGAAUACCAGAGCUGGACUUUGAAAUCCCUGCAUUCACACAGAAGGGCUCACUGUCCACCGUGGAGGGACUCCUCGACAGAGCAGUAUCAGGAUUAGAACAAGAUCAACCAAUACGACGGGCCACUGAUCCAGAAGUAGCAGACAAAAUAGACCAGUUUAUUCAGAGGCUGAAAAAGCUGAAAGAUGUCGGAGAAGAAUUCACACUGAUAAUUAAUGAUCCGUCAGGGAACAGUUUUAUCGAGAAUCCAUUUGCACCGCAGAAGGACCAAGCUCUCUCUGUAUCUCAUUACAAAAGGACACCUGAGCAAAACUCAGCCCUUGGGAUACAGGAAAGUGAACCAGAAGAAGAGGAGAAACCUGUCAACGAUCUGGAGACGAUGAGGAACGAAGUCCUGGUGUUCAACACCAACUGCCCAGAGUGCAACGCUCCUGCCUCAACAAACAUGAAACUUGUCCAAAUUCCACAUUUUAAAGAAGUUAUCAUCAUGGCCACCAACUGUGACAGCUGUGGACAUCGAACUAAUGAGGUGAAAUCAGGCGGUGCCACAGAGGAGCUGGGAACCAGAAUCACUCUCCACCUCACAGACCCAUCAGACAUGUCGCGAGACCUGCUGAAGUCAGAGACGUGCAGUGUGCUGAUUCCAGAGCUGGAGUUUGAGCUGGGCAUGGCUGCAUUAGGAGGAAAAUUCACCACUCUGGAAGGGCUCCUUAAGGACAUUAAGGAAAUGAUCGUCAUGAAAAACCCCUUUAUUUGUGGAGACAGUGCCACCAAUGACACAUCUGAGAAACUGCAGCUGUUUGGGAAAAAGAUCGACAAGAUUAUGUCAGGAGAAAUGGACGUCCACAUCAUCCUGGAUGAUCCGGCGGGGAACAGUUACCUGCAGAACGUUUAUGCUCCAGACCCCGAUCCCGAAAUGAAGAUUGAGAAGUAUGUGCGAACGUUCGAACAGAAUGAGGACCUUGGACUUAACGACAUGAAAACAGAGGGUUAUGGCGAGGCUGAGAAUUGAGACUGAUAUAAAACAGCAGCCAGCGGUCAAGAUUAGAUAAAGCUAUGGGUUUUUUUUAAUUGUUUUUAUUCGGUAAGACCUGUAAGAGUAAUGAUGUCAAGCGUACCAAAAAGGAGGAAAUGUAAGUACUACCUUGACGUUUGAGUUAAUGUAAAAAUGCCCUGGCUUCCUUACUGCUAUACAGAAGAACAUUUUUGUUUUGGUAUUUGGCUAAACUGCCCUGUGAUGGUCAUUAAUUUAACUAUAACCACCAAGCUGUUAAAAAAUUAAGUGGGUAUAUAUAAAUAUUUAAGAAAUGCAUAUUAUUUAAAUAGCACUUCAUUUGUUAAGGCUACAUGCAUUGAUUUUCUUUAAAUCAGGUAAAUAAAGAACCAACUGUAUGUAAUGUAUGCAUUGUGUUUGUACAAUAAAAAUGAUAUGAACCUGU